UGAUUUUCUAAAAGUAGAAGAAAAUAAGUGCAGUCCAUAAAAUAAAAUCCUAUAAAAAUGUUAAAACUAGAUUCUUUUUUAAAAAACUAAAAUUUGCUGCAGACAUCUAAAAUUUUCGAAAAUGAUUGGGUGGCUAAGAUUUCUUAUCCACUAGAAAAUCCAGUGAGUCCCGUUAACUCUCUUCUCUUCUCUAGUCUUGUCUUCUAUUAUGCAAAAGGUCUUCUUGGCCAUGGAUACUUGUGCUCUAGUAAUCCAUCAGUCUCUGUCUCGCAUCAAACUUUCUCCUCCCAAAUCUUCUUCUUCUUCUUCUUCUGCUUUCUCCCCUGAAUCCUUACCGAUCAGACGGAUCGAGCUGUGUUUCCGAGGAGCUAUAUGUGCCGCCGUACAAAGAAACUACGAAGAAACGACCUCCUCCGUGGAAGAGGCAGAGGAAGAUGAUGAGUCAUCAUCAUCGUACGGAGAAGUGAACAAGAUCAUUGGAAGCCGAACGGCGGGGGAAGGAGCCAUGGAGUACCUUAUCGAGUGGAAGGACGGCCAUUCUCCGUCGUGGGUUCCAUCGAGCUACAUCGCAGCAGACGUAGUGUCGGAGUACGAGACACCCUGGUGGACGGCAGCUAGAAAAGCCGACGAGCAGGCCCUGUCACAGCUCCUGGAGGACCGAGACGUCGAUGCCGUGGACGAAAACGGCCGGACGGCUCUGCUUUUCGUGGCAGGUCUGGGGUCGGACAAGUGCGUAAGGCUUCUGGCGGAGGCUGGAGCCGAUCUCGACCACCGAGACAUGAGGGGAGGCUUGACGGCGCUGCACAUGGCGGCUGGUUACGUGAGGCCGGAGGUGGUGGAGGCGCUGGUGGAGCUGGGAGCUGAUAUUGAAGUGGAAGACGAGAGAGGGUUAACGGCGUUGGAACUAGCGAGGGAGAUUCUGAAGACGACGCCGAAGGGGAAUCCGAUGCAGUUCGGGAGGAGAAUUGGGUUAGAGAAAGUGAUCAAUGUCCUGGAAGGACAAGUGUUCGAGUACGCCGAGGUGGAUGAGAUCGUAGAGAAACGAGGGAAAGGCAAAGACGUUGAAUAUCUGGUCAGAUGGAAGGACGGUGGAGAUUGCGAGUGGGUGAAAGGUGUACACGUGGCGGAAGAUGUGGCUAAGGACUACGAGGAUGGGCUGGAGUACGCUGUAGCGGAGAGUGUGAUCGGGAAGAGGGUGGGAGACGAUGGGAAGACCAUCGAGUAUCUUGUCAAAUGGACUGAUAUGUCUGAUGCCACUUGGGAGCCUCAGGACAAUGUCGACUCUACUCUUGUUCUACUCUACCAACAACAACAACCAAUGAAUGAAUGAUUGAUUUUGAUGAUUACAUUCUUCUCAAUUUGCUUCUUUCUCAUAUGUGUUGGUUCAUCUGACCGGUUCGGUUGGUACGUACCGGUACAUUUUCAUUUUCUUUUAAGAUGUGAUCUUGAUGGUUUUUGGCCUUUUGGGGACACUAUUUGAUUUUAUAUCCAUGCUUUGAAUUUUGCUUCCCUUUUUGGGGAGAUUCAUGAUGCUGGCUGACUUGCUCUUUAUCGUCCCAGGUUUAGAGAAUACAUCGUCUUAGGCUUUUCUUUAUCUCAAAACCCAUUUACAUUUAAUUGGGCCUAUAUAUUUCAUAUAGGAAGAGAGUACAUGUAAACCCAAUACACAACUUUUAUUUAUGGGUCCGUUUCUUGUAACAUUUGUUGGUGAUAAAAACAACUUCUGAAGAGUGAUAAUGUACAACUGCACUUUGCGAUUAAGGAAAUUAUAGAAAGAUACAAAGUCUGAAUAAAUGACUAGAAAAUAUGAAUAAG